ACCGAGAGGUGGCGCUCUCUGUUGAUUUUAGAGUUUUUCAGGUUUGGAAGUUUCAAAGUUUAAUACAUACAGCUCUCACAUUGCAGAUGUUUCUCCUUCGAAAUACGCCGGUGGCGAUGCGACGCCAGACCACGGAAGAAUGGCUUCCCUGAUCCGCAGCGCGCGGUUGCUACGGCGUCUCCACUCGCUCGCUAGCCAUCCUGUUUCACCGCUGACGUCAGCGGCGCGUACCACCGCGGAGAACGUCGCCAAGUGGAUCGAGGAAAACACGGAGGUCAGCCGAGACCAUCUGACACCAGAGCUGCGCUUGCGACUCGUCACGCAAAACUGUUGGCUGUGGCGAGCCAGAGCGGAAGAUUGUCCCUAUCCGGACCCGUUCUGGGCAUUCUACUGGCCGGGUGGGCAGGUCCUGACACGUUUCCUUUUGGACAACCCUGACGUCUCACGCGGGAAGACAGUACUGGAUGUCGGUAGCGGGUGCGGCGCCAGCGCCAUCGCGGCGAGCAUGAGUGGCGCCACCUACGCGAUCGCCAACGACACCGAUCCAAUUGCAGCGACGGCCGUCGCGCUGAACGCUCGCCUGAACGGCGUCUGCGCGGCGACGCCGCCCUCACCGGCGCCCCCUGGCAGCUGCGAGAUCUGCACGGCGUCGCUCGUCGGCCGGCUGGACGCGCGCUGGGACGUCGUGUUGCUCGGGGACAUGUUCUACGACGACGGAGACUUCGGCCGUGCGAUCCUCGACUGGGCGGACGAUCUGACGACGCGAGGAACGGCAGUGCUCGUCGGUGACCCCGGUCGCGCGACCUUCCGGGAGCGGACGGCGACGACGACGCUGCGGCGGCGGCUGCUCAAGGUCGCGGAGUACGACCUUCCGCGGCGGUGCCGCGAGGAGAACAGCGGUUUCACGACGGGCGCUGUGUGGCAGUUCUCUCGCGUCGUUUGAUUGUAGCAACGUAUAUAAUAUUGUCUCGUCUGGCGCACGACAUCUGUGUUCCGUCAACAUGAACAGCGACAGCAGCUGUUGUCUGUGUGGCUGUUUUCUCGUGGUGUCUGGCCGCUGCCCCGUCUCGUCUCACACCCAGCGUCCGUGAUACGCCGAUGAUAUCUAGUCUGUUCCUGUCUUAUUAUUUUAAAUGCUUAGUGUAUAGGUGAGCUAUUCCCCUGGGAAAUAUGUGGCAUUUGUUUUCCUGUAUUUUGGCCGGUGCAUGUGCAUGUGCUCGGAAUGCCCUGGGAAAUAUGUGGCAUUUCUUUUCCUGUAUUUUGGCCGGUGCAUGUGCAUGUGCUCGGAAUGCUAUCAGUGAAGGUGCCAGAACCUGUCGUAAUGUUACGUUACUUAUGUGAACCAUUCGCGAGAAGUAUCCCAGGUUAGCGAUUCCUUAGGAAAUAUGUUCUGGACAUGCAGAUUAUAAUACUCACAUAAGAUUAUAAUGUACAUGCAGAAUAAUUGUGUAUUUAUUUACACUACAAACAGUAAAUUGUAAUUAUUGCAAUGAUUUUUUUUAUUAAUUACCAAUAAAACUGUCACAUGCUCAUGAGCAUUACGUAAAAAACUA